AUGGCUAACAUCGCUGUCUCUCACACAGCAGCUCGGGGUUCGAUUCCCCGCAUCGGAGAGAUUAAGAUUUCCUUUUUGUUUCCGAAAUUUUUUGGCCUGGUUACGGGUGAUAGUAUCGGGUAUUGAUUUUAUCACGACUGGUUUAUGCGGUUUUAUUCUUUUUUUUUUUCUUUUCCUCUCUUCUGUGCCGCUAUUCGCGAGCUCUAUAGUGGUUUUGACUAGUUUUCUGUAGGAUUAUUUCCCAGUAUCAUGACGUUCUCAGAUGCGUAGCUAAGUGCUCCGCACCGAUACUGCAGUCUAGUCUCAGGAGCUAUAAUAGUUCCUUCACUCUUGAACGGCGGCCGAUCGUGGUAUAGCGACCGAGAGCACUGCAGUGAUUCUUCUCAGGCAGCUAGCCAUGGAACUGACAAUUGCCGAUAUUACUUUCAUCCAGGUCCUCAAAGAAUCUGACUCCUCUACUAUUUUUCAAGUGACCGUUCAAGGGAAACUAUGUGUUCUUAAGGUGUACCACAGCGCAAAGAGAUCUUACGCCGACCCUCCUAACCGUGAAAUCGAUCCCUUCAUCUGUGAGAGUACUGCAUAUCAUCGUCUAAAAGAGUACGGAUUAUGUCGACAAGGAGUGGUACCAGACUUCUACGGUGUGAUAAAAGGGAUCGAUCCAACAUCGUGCCAACCCUUUUUGAAGCGGUUUUUGAAGGAUGAGCUCUUCCCCAAUGCCAUCCUCAUUGAAUAUAUUCCGGACUUGCAUGAAAUAGAUCUUUCAACAUUUUCAGACUACCGCAUAGCCACACUUCGUACAAUUCUGGAGAGCAUCCAUGGAGUGGGAAUUUAUCACGGCGACCCCUACCCUCGAAACAUGAUGGUCCAGAAAUACACAAAAAGGGUUCUCUGGAUCGACUUUGAUCAUGCACAGACAUUCUCAGAGCGUAAAUGGAACUCUCAGUGGAUAGAGGACGAAAAGGAAAUGGUUAAUGAGUUUUUUGACGCCCUAAUAGAAGACUAUAAUGAUGGCAAGAUAUCGCGCACCUGGCCUUAUUACUACACAUAUUUGUGAAUUCGCUUCAAAUUAUAGAAUAGCUACAAAAUGAGUUCUCUAUGAGUGGAAAUUGCAUCUUAGUGACUGUAUGGAGAAGCAGAAAUGACGAUAGUCCUGGAGAUUAGUCUAGUAGUCAUUAUAUUUGCUGUGGUGACUUUUGGCCGUUAGGGUCAUUUAUGACUUCUAGAUGCUCGACCUCGCAG